AUGUAUCGGAAGUUGUCUAAGUUAGAACACUCGGAAAUAAAACAACUUCUUACAGAAGCUAAUAUAGAUGUUGCAAAGCAUUACGCAACAAACAAAAAAGCACUCGCUGACUUCAUUAAAGACUAUAAUGGUGCAAUAAGUUAUGAUAGAAUUCAUGAGUUCAUAAAGCCGCAACGCGGCGAGGACGAAGUCCAUGCAAGAGCAUUUCCUUUAAAUGACAUUGCUAUUGACUUAUAUCAUAGACGUUCAGUACCUCAUGAAGUAAGAAGAGAAAUGUUUGACAUAACAAAUGCGAACGUUGGUCAUACUCGUAAAGCUCUUUCGCAUGA